UUCAUUUCCCUUGACGCAAUCGAUAAUCAUUGCAGAUUCCUACCGCAAAGAGUCUAUCGGCCUGCAUAAGUUUACAGAUUCCAGAUUUCUUGGCUUUUUGUCAAUGUAUCUACACAUACAUUCCUAAAGCCUGGCUUUUCAUUGUUCACAUUACUCACAUCUAUGGCUCGCGAAGACUCGGAAACAGACAACCGUCGGCGUAGGGAUUCCCAGACACGCCAUAAACAUCACAAGAAAAAAAGAUCUAGAGAACAUGGCUCGGCAAGGCCUACGUCGGGCUCUGAAGGAACGUCGCAGGGUACGGCCCAAAGACUAUCUAUGAAUGCUCUCGCCCAGUUGAACGAAUAUAACACUCGAGGCAUUAAGCAAGAACCAUCUAGAGAGAAGGAACGCAAACCAAAGCGAGACAGAAGUAGGAAACCCGAAUACAAGGCCGUUGAUGCAGAAUACGAUCCCCCGAGGAGGAGCCGGCGUGCGAGUCAGUCGGAAGGAGAACGUAAUGCUCCCAGAAAAGAAAGGAGACGAAAAGAGGGAUACCGAGAUGGAGAUGGAGGGUAUGAGUCAAGGGGAUAUGAAUCAAGAGGUUACGAAUCUAAUGACAGGGAGGAGAGGCGACGAAGGCGACGACAACGGGUGGUCGAAACUGAGGACGAAGAAGACAUACCAAACGAAAAGGGAAAGAAACAUCGCAAGAAAGAUCGAAGAGUGGUUAGUGGCGCCAUUGUAGAGGAAGGUAGAGCGAUUCCAGCAAUACGAGGUGGUGCCACAAGCAAACAUAGUAGCUAUGAUAGCUACGACAGCAUUGCCAAAGAGAAGGCAAGCACGGGUUUCGAGUUCAAACAAUACUGGGGAAACAGAAAGAAGAAAAGAUGGAUCAUAGCGGGUGUCGCGCUUGUGGUGCUCAUCAUUAUCAUUGUGGUCGCCGUCGUCGUGAGCAAGAAGAACAGCUCCAACAACUCUGACGCAGAUAAAUCGAACUUAAGCGGCGUCUCGGAAGAUAGCAUCCCUGUGGCCGCCCGGGGAACAUAUCUAGAUCCUUUCACAUGGUAUGAUACAACGGACCUUAACGUAACGUACACGAACGAAACGGUUGGCGAUCUACCCAUAAUGGGGCUCUUCACGGAUUGGGACGACUCCAAGGCUGCUAACGAUAAAGUUCCGGCCAUCGAGAAGGGCUGGGGAGACUAUUCUAAGACCCCAGCACGUGGUGUCAACCUUGGUGGAUGGCUCUCAUUAGAGCCUUUCAUUACACCUUCGCUAUUUAAUUACGAUAGCAAGUUAGGAAUCAUCGAUGAAUGGACUCUAUGUAACCACUUAGGCGCUAAGACGGCAGCCUCCACCCUCGAGAAACAUUAUGCGACCUUCGUAACGGAGCAGACCUUUCAGGAGAUCCAAGCCGCAGGACUCGACCACGUCCGUAUACCAUACAGCUACUGGGCUGUGCAGACAUACGACGAUGACCCUUACGUCUUCCGCACCUCCUGGCGCUACCUCUUGCGUGGCAUUGAAUGGGCGCGCAAGUACGGGUUACGAGUGAACCUCGAUCUUCACGGCCUACCGGGUAGUCAGAACGGAUGGAAUCACAGUGGAAGGCAAGGCCUCGUCAACUGGCUCAACGGCACUAACGGUGACCUCAAUAGCCAGCGGUCGUUAGACGUCCACGAUCGCCUAACCAAAUUCUUCGCGCAAGACCGCUACAAGAAUAUCAUCACCUUCUACGGGCUCGCCAACGAACCGCGCAUGGUCUCCCUCUCCGCGGACGCCGUCAUCUCCUGGACGACGCAAGCGUACAACCUCGUGCGAAAGAACGGCAUGACCGCCAACAUCGUGUUCGGGGACGGCUUCAUGGGCCUAGCUAACUGGCAGGGCAAGCUGACGGGCAUGGACGGGCUCGUGCUGGACGUGCACCAGUACCUCAUCUUCAACAACGACCAGAUCAUCUACACGCACCAGAAGAAGGUGCAGUACGCCUGCGACGGCUGGACCCAGCAGACCGAGCAGAGCAUGAACACGGCGACCGGGUUCGGCCCAACCAUGUUCGCCGAGUGGUCGCAGGCCGACACGGACUGCACGCAGUACCUGACGAACGUCGGGUGGGGCAACCGGUGGACGGGCACGUACGACUCGGGCAACGCGUCGACGCAGGCGCUGACGCCGCUGUGCCCGACCAAGGACAGCUCGUGCACGUGCGACGGCGCCAACGCGGACCCGAGCCAGUACAGCGCCGCGUACAAGCAGUUCCUCAAGAUGUUCGCCGAGGCCCAGAUGGUCUCCUUCGAGAAGGGCUGGGGCUGGUGGUACUGGACCUGGGACACCGAGAGCGCGCCCCAGUGGAGCUACAAGAAGGGCCUCGCCGCCGGCAUCCUGCCCGCCACCGCCUACGAUAAGGAUUUCAACUGCGAUAGCGACGUGCCUGAUUUCUCGGGGCUUAGCGAGACGUACUGAAGGAGGGGGGUUAGGAGAGGGGUCGAGUUUUGCGGCGGCGGCGGUGGUGGUGGUGGUGGUGCGAUUGCUCUCUAGCAUUGGCGCUAGACCUUGCUUUUACCCAUGGGCUGGCUCGGCUCGUGAUUCGUCUCAUGCGCGACGCGGUUUUUGCUGACCGCAGACCGAGGGGAAAAGGAAACUAAGGAAACUAGUGUUUCUAAAAUUGCAUGAACCCGUGGGGGUUGGGGAGACGAUCAUUUUUCAUGCAUCCCUCGGAUAUUGCUAUACAUAUAUUCGAACGGCUACUUCCGAGAUCAACCGCGUAGCCGGGACGGUGACGCUUGUGUGUGCCUGUGUGGGUGUUUGUGUGUGUAAAGGUUGAGAGCGCCUAUGUUUUGCUAAGAACUUAGAUGCGACGGCGCUCCGAAUUUCGCAGGGGGCGCGGGAAAGGGGGUUUACCGGGACACGGAGAUAGAGCGGUAGCCGCUAUAUCCUACCCGCUUUCAUCUAAUGUCUGACUACCUAC